AUGGAUGGAAAAUUAGAGGGAUCGGAGCAGUUGAAGGGCAAUUGGCUGCUCCUUUAUUUCGGCUUUACGAAUUGCCCGGAUAUUUGCCCAGAUGAGAUCGAGAAAAUGGUCAAAGUCGUGGAUAUUCUGGAGGCUGACCCGACGCAGAAGCAGCCUGUAAAGCCGUUAUUCAUUUCUGUGGAUCCAGCUAGGGACACACUCGCCAGGGUCAAGCAAUAUUGCUCCGAGUUCUCCCCAAAAUUACUCGGAUUUACUGGAAACGCCGAGCAGGUGGGAAAAGUGGCGAAGACCUUCCGAGUCUAUCACAGCCAGGGCCCGAAAACUGCCGACGACGACUACAUCGUAGAUCAUACGGUUAUUAUGUAUCUCAUUGAUCCGGAGGGCAAUUUCCACGACUACUACGGGCAGAACCGGAAAGCCGAAGAAAUUGCCAACGUCAUCAAGCUCAAGGUGCUGCUCGAGCGCGAGGACAAUCGUAGUACAGUCAUGGCAAAUGCCCCUGUCCAGGACUACGGUGAGGGCUCCGAAUACGGAAAAGCUGCCCGCGAAGAGGCACGGCGUAAGAAAUACGGCCGACAGGCUCGAACGUACCAGCUCGACAACCAGCCCUGGAAACUAACAGUUUCCGAAGCAGAUGGACGCGUUCGGCGCUUCAAGUCGAUGCGCGAGGGCGGCGCCGGCGAGCAUGCCGACUACUGGGUCUUUCUCAAGGAUAGCAACGAAUUUCUAGCUUAUAAGGUUGACGAUUGGCAAAAAUUCCUUCCGGCCAUCACACAUAAAGUGCUAGAUAUUGACCAGGCCGAGGAGCAGUUUUUGCAGCGAGCGAAGGUCAUGAACCAAUUUGCUUUGAAGGCCCAAAUCCAGAAGAUGGGUGACGCUGACGAAGGGGAACAGUUGGAGAAAGGAUCGAGAUUGAAAAUCAAAGACAACUUCUCGGAUACCGAUGCCUCGGACGAAGAGGACGAAGAUGGGGAGCGGUCUCGCAGCAAGGGGACCAAGAACAAGAAGAAGAAGGGAGCAGAGACCGAGAAGAAGGACAAACGGGUCCGCGUCAAGGAGAGCGACGAUGUGGCUAAAUACGAAUCCGAAGACGGAGAGGAAGACGGCCAAGAAGUUGACUAUAUGUCGGACUCGGGCUCUGAUUCUGAUCGCGAUAACGUGCCAAUGGAGGAAAAGAUCGAGAAGGCAAUGGUCGGCGUUGACGACGAGGACGGCUUGCGGAAGCUCGGCUCGAGCGAGGACGAGAGAGAGGAAGACGAGGAGGAGCAGGAGGCGGAGAAGAACAAGAAUAACGAUUUCCGAAGCAAAGCGCAAGCUGAUAAAGAUGAUUCCUCGGAUAGUGACCUUGAUGAAGACGGUGAGAUGACGAAGUCGAUAUUAUUGCUUCCGAAGAAAAAUCUGGCCGCUAGCACCAGCUCGAGCGGAAAACCAGUGGACCACGCAACGGCUAAGAAGCGGGCAAUCGAAGACGCCGUAGCCGGGGUAGAAGCCAAGCGCACGAAGCUUGAAGGCGAUGACGGCACUCCACGACCGGCUGGAGCUUCGCGGGAUCAAAGCGACGGCUUAAACGAGGCGACGGUCCGGAAAUACCUGUUGCGCAACCCGCACACCACCAAGGAUCUGGUGAGCAAGUUCAAGAACAAGUGCGGCGACAUGCCCAAGCAGGACAUCGUCAACCUGCUUGCCAAAUAUCUGAAGAACAUCCAACCGAUCCAAUUCAAGCAGAAGCAAGGCAACAAGGAGGUCCUCUUCUUCACUCUCCAGAAGCACGAGAGC